UGAAAAAGGUAAACACGGAAGUCCAACCAUACUAAAUAUAGUCGGAAUGAGGUUGUUACUAAUACGUGUUAUAUGUUAUGUAUUUCUAGCAGUCACCACAAAACAUCGAGAAAGUGUCUAAACUAACCAGCUAAAUAGUGGCUGUCGUUUAAUCUAACGUACAGUUUGUACCGCAUAAGGAGCUAAACACGUGCUGAAGUUCAAUGGCUUCAGAAAAGCAAGCCACAUUUGUGAUCGUCGGUGGAGGAAUCGCAGGUGUAACUUGUGCAGAACAGAUCGCAUCGCAGUUCCCAUCCGAUGAAGUGUAUCUUCUGACAGCCUCUCCCUUAGUAAAGACGGUUACAAAUUUCAAACAGGUGUCAAAGACGUUGGAAGAAUUCGAUGUCGAGGAACAACCAUCCAGUGUUUUAGAAGAAAAGUAUCCCAAUCUGAAAGUCGUACAAUCUGCAGUCAAACUCCUGCAAGCUAAGGAACAUCUUUUACAAGCUGAGAAUGGUCAGACGUUUCAUUAUAAAAAGCUGUGUAUCUGCAGCGGAGCCAGACCCAAGCUUCUCACCCAAGAUAACCCUCAUGUGCUGGGCAUACGAGACACAGACAGUGCUCAGGAGUUUCAAAAGCGUUUAUCAAAGGCUAAAAGAAUAGUUGUCAUUGGCAAUGGAGGAAUCGCAUUAGAAUUGGUGUAUGAAGUAGAGGGUUGUGAAGUGAUUUGGGCUAUAAAGGAUAAAGCUAUAGGAAACACAUUCUUUGAUGCAGGAGCUGCUCAGUUUCUCAUUCCCUCACUGGAGGCUGACAAAAAAGACAGGUCUUUGCCCUGCAAGAGAGCACGCUACACUACUGACAAGACUGCAGCAGGCCACAGUGGGGCUUCAGGGGAGCUUGGCAGUGCCUUGGGCCCAGAUUGGCAUGAGGGGAUUGAACUAAGAGGAGCAGUGCAGAAUUCCAGUGGAGUCCAUAUAGAAUAUGAGUGUGAGGUUGACAAAAUUUACACCCAACAGGACUUCUUGGAGUCCAAACUCAGCACAAAUAAAUCUGAAUUAGGGGUGUGGCCGGCUUAUGUUGAGUUAACCAACAGGAAGACUUACGGCUGUGAUCUGGUCAUCAGUGCAACAGGCGUUGUGCCAAACACUGAUCCUUUUCUCAGUGGCAACAGUUUUGAGCUGGCGGUAGAUCAUGGUCUGAGAGUGGACGAUCAUAUGCGGACGUCUGAACAGGAUGUGUAUGCGGCUGGAGAUGUUUGUACUGCAGGAUGGGAGCCCAGUGCUCUCUGGCAACAGAUGCGAUUGUGGACUCAGGCACGUCAGAUGGGCUGGUACGCAGCGCGUUGUAUGGCUGCAGAUGUGCUGGAGGAGCCCAUAGAGCUGGACUUCUGCUUUGAGCUGUUCUCACACAUCACUAAAUUCUUCAACUACAAGGUGGUUUUGCUUGGGAAGUUUAAUGCUCAGGGUUUGGGUCAGGACCAUGAGCUUCUUUUGCGCUGUACAAAAGGCCAGGAGUAUGUGAAAGUGGUUCUGACUGGGGGCCGAAUGGUGGGAGCCGUCCUUAUCGGAGACACAGACCUGGAAGAAACUUUCGAGAACCUCAUUCUUAACCAAAUGGACUUAUCCCGAUAUGGCGAGGAGCUUCUAAAUCCUAAUAUUGACAUUGAAGACUACUUUGAUUGAAUUGUUCUGGUUAGUCAAUGACAAAAAGAGAUGAUUUAUUUAUUUUAAAAUUGCACCAUGUAGUUUCUGUUCCACCAAACAGAAGUUCAAAGAUAUAAAUAAUUGAAUACAUUAUUCACUUUCCUUCAUGUUGCUCCAAACUCCAAAGAUGACACAAAGUGUAAUAAAGCGGGUUUUUAUUAACAAAAGUGUAGAAAAGAGUAACUAACAACUAAUAAAUUGGUACAACGAAUGGAUAAAGUGCAAAAGUUUGAUACAAGUGCAAGUGAUUGAGUUGGAUGUCACUAUAUGGACAUUACACGUUAUCAUAUGGAAAGAUAAACUGUAGUUUCUUUGGAGAUAAUAAAUGAAACCUUAUUCUGAAUUCAACAAAUAAAGAGAAAUUAUGUGUUAUUAACUGACAUCAGCUGUAUAAAAUGUAAUGACAAUUAGAUGAUCAUAUACUGACAAUACACACUAAUGCCAGCAAUCUCUGGAAAGAGGUUUGGAAAGAGUGAUAUAAAUAUUAUAAUGUGAUAUAAAUGUUCCGCCUGGUCAAAUGCUGAGUGAACGGCGAUGUCUUCUACUUGAACUGGGCCACGUUGCAGUGGGAAGAA